AUACUAAAUCCAGAGUAAGAGCUUAUACAAAUACCGAAGUGUUCCUUACAAUAUGUUAGAACUGCGUGUAUUAAUUAUGAAGCAGUGCAUGAAAUCAUGUUCCAGGACAUCAGGAAUUCCGCUACAUUACAUAGUUAUUCUAAUCUGAUCCGUACUUAAGGUCAUCCACACGUUCGUUUAAUUGAUGAUAAUUCUCGUUUUCGUUAAAACAUAAAUGCUAAUUAAUUGAGCAGUUGCCAAGCAGCUUACAGAGGUGAGUACAGGUUUGGUGAAUACUUAUCAUGUGGCAAAUUUCAUUUGUCUAAUUUAUGUGUCUUUUGUCAUACCAAAUGCUGUAAUUGGUGUAAAACGGGACACAUGUACUCGGUUUGUAAAACUACUACUCAUUUAACCACUAAGAAUAAUGAGCACUGUAGUUCGACUUUCAUUAAGUUAGGUGUUUCUAAUGAUUAUUUAUCUUUAUCCACCAUCUCGAAAGGUAAUGUUCAUAUUCAGUUGUGAUUAUGUACCUCCCCUGGUUCACUCCAUGACUUCAUUGUUGACAUAGGAAGUAUGGAGUUCAUUAUUUCAUUCAAAAACUUAGAACCUUUAGAUUACAACGCUGAAGUAUAACUCACUGAAGUUACAGUAUUGUGGAUUACUGAACACAAAUAAGGCGGCCUGCUUGAAUACCUGGGCUACCUGUUUUCUGCCAUCUAAAUAUUUCAACAAGUUAUCUGGGUGUUUUUUUUAAUUUGUUUUAACCUAUCAUUAUGUCUAUUAAUCGCAUAACCUACACAGGCGCGUUUAUAAAAUGCUUACGUCCUUUCGCUGCAAAAAUUACAAACAAGCACAAUAAGAGACAUCGUGGUGGUUGGCAAUAUGCUUUAAAGAGAAUAAACAUCAAUCAAAUGUCGAUUCCCGAGCUACUUAACUCUAACUGUCGAUCACUAAUUAACAAGGUGGACUAUCUCCAAUUUCUGCUAAGUCAAAACAUGUAUCGUAAUUGUGGUGUCAUCACAAUUCAAGAAUCUUGGUUAACUGACUUACAGGAUGAUUGCUUAGUGUCAUUACGUGAUUUUAAUAUCUAUCGUCAGGAUCGAUCAAACAAUAAAAAGACUUGUGGUGGCGGAGUAGCUACGUUUGUAAACGUUAACUGGUGUAGAUCUACUUUUGCCUGUUUCAAGUUUUCAAACGACUUUAUUGACUGUCUAACUUUAAGGUGCCGUCCAAAACACCUGAAUAAAUACAAAUAUAUUUAUGUUACCAAUAUCUACAUGACUCCAGACUGCACAUCAUCUGCGCUAUCUGUCUUCACUGAUAAAUUUACUGAAUUCGCCGUUACUGCCUUCAGUGAUUCACUUUCAAUUGUAUGUGGUGAUUUCAAUUCAUGUGACUGUAGCUUCCUUACAUCACUAGGUCACUAAAUGUAGUAGAUUUUCCUACUCGUUUGAAUUCUCAUCUAGACUUGGUUUUCAUUAAUGAUGUGGGUGCCUAUGUGACUCGCAAACGUGCUCCAUUGUCUAGUUCGGAUCACUGUAUAAUUCGUGUCUUACCUAAAGUAUAUGGUAAACAUGGAAAGAGUACACACAUACACCAUACCAAAAAAGUAAUAUAUAGGAAUUACUCAGAAGAAAAUUUACAAAAUCUAAAAAACAUGUUUCGUACGACUAACUGGGAAUUAUUUACAGAUGACUCAAUAGAAAACACAACGGAUGUUAUCACCUCUUAUCUUAAAUUCUGUUUUGAUAUUUGCUGUCCUACCGAAACCUUCUUUUUAAGUUUUGAUCGACUUACAUCUCCACAACUAAAACGACUACGGAGGGUAAAAGAAAGGAUGUACAAGGAGAAAAACACUAUUGAAGUUCGUAAGUUAAAUGAUCAAGUAAACCAAGAGAUUAGACGUCUCAACUGUGUGUUCACUCAAAAACUUCUAUCUUGCAGAAGCUCUCCAAGUAUGUGGAAACUCUUUAAAGAAAUUACAGGGGACAGGCAGACUAGAAGCGAUAACCAGCUAAAUGUUUGUGACUUAAAUAAGUCCUUUAUUCAACAGUCAUCUGACAUCAUGCUCCCUAUAUCCAAGGGUUUGAAGAAUAAUUGUGUCCCCAGUUUCACUGAAAAUGAUGUCUGGAAAUGUCUCCAGUCUCUGAAUUCAUCCCAAUGUUUAGGACCUGAUGGUAUCCCAAACCUCCUUUUUAAAAAAUGUGCCGAUGUUUUAUGUUAUCCAUUAAUGAAUAUCUUCAACAGAUCCUUCUCAACUAAUGUCUUACCGAAAAUGUGGAGAAAGAUAAAGGUAAUCCCUAUACCUAAGAAAACUCCUGGUGAUAAAAAUGCGAAACUUAGACCCAUAGCAAUAACCUCACCUUUCCUCAAAAUAAUGGAAAAAUUACUGAUACAACCACUUCAACCUGUAAUAAAAGAGCACUGUGAUCCAUAUCAGUUUGCUUACAAAUGCAAAAGAAGCACAUUAGAUGCCGUUGCUGUUCUGCAUCACAAUAUAGUGUUCGGGUUGGAAAAGGGUAAGAAGUAUGUUAGAUGCGCUUUCCUGGACUUUACUUCUGCUUUUGAUUCUAUUCCAAGACACCUCUUACUUAACAAGCUGAUCAGCGUCGAUACUGACAGCUGGAUAACCAAUUGGCUAUGUUCCUACCUUUCUGGAAGAGAACAGUACACUGUACUUGAAGGAAAGUGUUCAACAUCUCUACUGUCUACUGUAGGUGUGCCACAAGGAGCUGUUCUUUCACCUGUGCUCUUCUCUUUCUUUUUGCAUGAUCUGCCAUCUUCCACAGAAAACACUUUUGUAAAAUAUGCGGACGACCUCACCGUAUGUAUGCCAAUUUCUACCUCCUUACAUCCUAUAGAAAUGAAUGUCUUUUUAUCUCGUAUUGAAAGGUGGUCUGUUGGUAAUGGUCUCUUACUCAAUCCAUCUAAAUGUCAAGCUGUUAAUUUUAGCUUGAGACAUGGACAGAACCUAUACUCUAUGUUGGGAUCCCAUAAUGCUUGUGCCAUUGGAGACUCCUUAAUAAACACAGUGUCGAAGGUCAAAUAUCUUGGUGUUAUUUUUUCCUCUGAUCUUUCUUGGUCUUCUCAUGUUUUACUAUUAUCGAAAAAAGUUUACCGCUUGACAUACUACAUAAAGAGGCUGCAUGCUUUUGGGAUUACUCGCCAUUUACUAUUACACUUUGUAAAUUCCUGCAUAUUACCUAUUAUUCUUUACUGUUCUCCAUUAUUCUUUCCCGGGCUUUUGAGAAAAGACUUUGCUGUUUUACGGAAAGUGCUGAAGGCAGUUUGCAAGGUGUGUGGUGAAUCUCUUGACGUUAUUAUUAAUAUGCUUGUGGAUAGACAUCUUAAGUCCUGCAAACUCCUAGCAGGUGUUAUCUUAUCAGAUACUAAACAUCCCCUUUAUUCAUAUCUUUCUCCUUGUAUAUCUUCUGGUAGAACGAGACGUAAAUACAUUAAAAUUCAUGCACGCAAGCAAAUCUAUAAAAGUUCUGUAAUACCUUACUUAGCUAAUUUACUUUGUGACGAACAGGCUGUUAGAGUUGACCUAGUAAAUAACCUGUCUUCUUAAGCAUGUCUCAUAUUCGAUAAUUUGUAUAAAAUCAGAUUUUCUUAAACCUUUUUUAUAUUUUAUUUCUGUUUUUUGUUGUGUUUUUUUUGGUUUUAUUUUUUUGGGAAAAAACUUGUUGAAAUAACUCGUGCUGAGAAUUCUAUAUUGUACCAGAUUAUAAUAUAGAAUAAAGCCAUUAAUAAUAAUA